CCUCCCCUCUCAACAUGGCCGACCACUUCCUCUCUCGCUGCCAGCCAGGGCAGGAAAAGAAGUGAAAGAGGAUUUAGUUAAGGCACUUACCUCGGAUCCAUUAGCUCCAUCCUCCUCCUCUUCCAACAGAACUCGACUUUCUGCGGGUUGGGACGCACUGAUGCAAGAUGGCGGCCGGUGUGGCGACGUGGCUGCCGUUUGCGCGGGCUGCGGCGGUGGGAUGGCUGCCGCUGGCCAAGAAGACGAUGCCCAAACCUCCUGUGGACAACUCGUCCAAAUCAGAUGAGAUCCUGUAUGUCAACGUCAGCGGGGUCAGGUUUCAGACAUGGAAGAACACUUUGGAUCGUUAUCCGGAGACGCUGCUGGGCUCUUCAGAGAAGGAGUUUUUCUACAACGAGGACACGCAGGAAUACUUCUUCGACCGAGACCCCGAAAUGUUCCGGCACAUUUUGAACUUUUACCGCACCGGGAAGCUGCACUACCCCCGCCACGAGUGCAUCCAGGCCUUCGACGAAGAGCUGGCCUUCUACGGAAUCGUGCCGGAGAUCAUCGGAGACUGCUGCAUGGAGGAAUACCGAGACAGGAAAAAGGAAAACCAGGAGCGUCUGGCUGAGGACACGGAGGCCAACGAGGGGAUGGACGCCCCCCUCCCUCCGCACAGCACCUCCAGGGAGCGUCUGUGGCGAGCCUUCGAGAACCCCCACACCUCCACCAUGGCGCUGGUUUUCUACUACGUCACUGGCUUCUUCAUCGCCGUCUCCGUCAUCGCCAACGUGGUGGAAACGGUCCCCUGCCGGCCGCGCAAAGGCAGCGUCAAAGACCUUCCCUGCGGGGAGAAAUACCAGCUGGCCUUCUUCUGCAUGGACACGGCGUGCGUGCUCAUCUUCACCUUCGAGUACCUGAUGCGUCUGUUCGCCGCGCCGAGCCGCUGCAAGUUCAUGCGCUCGGUGAUGUCGGUGAUCGACGUGGUGGCCAUCAUGCCCUACUACAUCGGCCUGGUGAUGCCCGAGAACGAGGACGUGAGCGGCGCCUUCGUCACCCUCCGUGUUUUCCGCGUCUUCCGGAUCUUCAAGUUCUCUCGCCACUCGCAGGGUUUGAGGAUUUUGGGCUACACGCUCAAGAGCUGCGCCUCCGAGCUCGGCUUCCUGCUCUUCUCCCUCACCAUGGCCAUCAUCAUCUUCGCUACCGUCAUGUUCUACGCCGAGAAGGGCACCGCGGGCUCCACCUUCACCUCCAUCCCGGCCUCCUUCUGGUACACCAUCGUCACCAUGACAACGCUCGGGUACGGUGACAUGGUUCCCAACACCAUCGCAGGGAAGAUCUUCGGUUCAAUCUGCUCUCUCAGUGGCGUGCUGGUGAUUGCCCUGCCGGUACCCGUCAUCGUGUCCAACUUCAGCCGGAUCUACCACCAGAACCAGAGAGCGGACAAGAUGAGAGCGCAGCAGGUUGGACUCUCAAGGAUGAAGAAAAUGAAGAGAGGAGGAUCAGACUUCCUGUUUCUGUUUCUGAAACAUCAUACUGGAUUUCAGGACCGGGACAGUGACAGCACGGCUCUGUGUGUGAAGAACAGAUCAGCAUUCGAGCAUCAACACCACCACCUGCUGCACUGUCUGGAAAAGACAACGAACCACGAGUUCACUAAUGAGAUGACCUAUAGUGAGCUGUGUAUGACAGAGUCGGUGGGCUACAGGACCAGUCGCAGCACCUCCCUGUCCAGCCAGCAGGGGGCGCAGAACAACUCCACUGGCUGCUGCCCCCGCCGGGCCAGGAGGAGAGCGGCCAUGCGACUGGCUAACUCCACGGUCUCCGUCAGCCGGGGGAGCGUCCAGGAGCUGGACACCCUGCACGUCAAAACCACCUCCAUACCACCACAAACUCGUUCCAGUCUGAACGCCCAGAUGGGUGACCUGAAGCUGAACUGUGGGGAACCAGAUUUCACUGCUGCCAUUAUCAGCAUCCCCACGCCGCCCGCCAACACACCUGAUGAGAGCCUCCCCCCAUCGCCCGCCCCCAUACCAGGCAUCCUACGCAACACCCGGGCCACCGCCUACACCCACGACACUGUCAAAAUCUCCUCCUUAUAA